AUGGGCAAGGGCAAGAAUAAGAAGAAGAAGGCGCCCGCCGCCGCCGCCUCCUCCCAUGUAGCGGUCAACAGCGACGAGCCGCAGCAGGUGGAUUCGGCGUCGGCCAGCGGAGACGCGAUUCAGCCGCCGAUGCCCACUCCGGUUGGGGACGAUGAGCCGCCGCCGGAAUCUGCGGCGAUUCCCAAUGGAGAACAUGCUGCGCCGCCGCCAGUUGAGGCGGCCGAUGGCGUCGAGUCACCGGUGGAUUCUGCGGCAGCGGCCAAUCGAGACCCGUCGACGCCUACAGUUGGCGACGAGAUGCCACCGGAUUCAGCGGCGCCGGCCGACGCGAACUCGCCGCCUUCGAUUGAGGCAGCCAACAGCGGCGAGCCGUCAGCAAAGACGGGGUCAGAGGACCAGGUCCCGGAGGAGAGGCGGGACUCGUCGCCGGAGCAUGAGGUGGAGAAUCUCAAGUCGCUCAACGGCACGCUCCUUAAGGAGGCAGUUGAGGCGCGGGGGGUGGUGGCCACGCUCACCGGGCAAGUCGACCAGUGCUCUGCCGAUGCUGCUGCACUCGCCGAUCUGGAGCAUGUGGUCUUCCGGGCUGCCCUUGUUGCCCCCCUCCAAGCUGCCGCCGAGCAUGGCACGGCGCUGCGCGGGCACCUAGCCGACGCCCAGCAGUCGCUCCAGGUCGCGGAGGCGAGGGUGGCUCGCAAGACGGAUGCCAGGGUCGAGGCUGCAGCGCGCUUGGAGGAGGCCGAAGUGGAUAAACUUAAAGUCGAGGAGUUCCUCCGCAGGAAGCAGGUGGAGGCCGCCUCUGCGUCCGAAAAUGUCACCCAAUUGGAAUCCUCUGUUGGUGAACUGGCGGGGAAGAGUACUGAGCUGUGUGCAGGGAAAGGCGAAUUGCAGAAGCAAUUGGGGGAAAUGAGUGCCACGGCUCACAGUGUCAGUGCUCUCAAGGCAGAAGUGGAGGGAAACUUCCAUGAUUACAAAAAGAGCACAGAGAUAUGGAGGCAGGAAAUGAAGGAGAAGCUUGAUGAGAAAUCCAAGCAGUUGGACAGCCUGAUAUCCAGUGAGGCGGAAAUGGAGGUGAAGAUCCAGUCUUUGGAGGCAAAGCUCUCGGCGGCCCAGGCUAGGAACAGGGAAAUGGAGUUGGAGAUGGAGACUAGCAAGGCAGAGUUAGAUGCCGCGCAGAAGGAGGUGGAGAAUCUCCAGAUCGAAGUUGCAAAUGCCACCAGCAAGUAUAACACAGUGGUGGCUGACGUGGAUAGUUUCCGCAAUGAGAUUAACGAGAUGAGGAAAACAAAUGAAGCGGCUGCGGCUGCAUUUGCUACUGAGAAGACCAAGUUGGAGAAGGAACUGGAUGGGCUGAAGAGGAGGGUUGAAAAAAUUCAAGCCAACAAGGAUGCUGCCAUGGCCUCUGUCCACCAGAAAGAUGCUGAGGCUGCAAAGCUGAUGGCUAAGCUGACUGCACUGAACGGUACCAUAGCGGAUCAACGUGUUCACUGUGAUGAUCUCAAGAACAAGUAUUCUUCGCUCCUAGCUGAGAAGGUUGUGCUUCUGAAAGCAUUUGGCAAGGAGAAAUCUGAAGGAGACAAGCUAAGGCUGAACCUUGGGGAGCUUGAGAGCUAUAAUGCUGAGAAGGACCGUGACAUUGGGGUGUUGAAGGCAGAAGCACUAAACAAGGAAAGACAGAUCGGUAGCCUGAAUGGGAAGCUUGAGGAGCUGCAUCUCGCAGUCGCUGAGGCGCGGCAGAGGGGGAAGAGUAGCGCGUGGACAUGGCUGUGCCCUACCACGACUGUUCUCGCCGCCGCUUCCUUUGUCUACGCUGCUCGUAGCCGGUGA